GUACUCUGACGGGAAAUUUGCAAUAAGGCUACCUGGGUUGGACCAUUCUCACAAAGGAUUGUGUCCACAGGCUGAAGAGCUUUGCUGACAUUAGGAAAUGCCACGGAAGAAAUACUGGAAAAAGGGUGCAAUAAGAAAACAGAGAGUCCUUGACAGGAUAGUACAGCAGUGUUCUGAUUUGGAGACAGAGGACUCGAAGACUAGCAGGUCAAACUCGCCCACAAUGGAGAAUCCAGUCGGAGAGGUAUUGAGAAGUGAUGAAAGGCACACUGAGUUGGAAAGCAAACAGGUCGAGGGUGUAAGGAAGAUUUUUAAAGUUUCUUUUGAUGUGGAGAAGUUCCUUGAUGAAAAGCUGAAGGAGCUAGACAUAGUGGGGCAGUUCACCCAAGAGUUAUAUCCCCUGUCAAAUCAGCUGAAGGGCACAGAGAGAAAACAGAAAGAGAUCAGCCGACUCUUUACUGAAUGUGAGGAACAGUUGCAGUUUUUACAAGAAUCCUUGGAUGCCCCUGACAAUGAGGAAGACAGAAAGUCCCCUGUGAAUAAGCCAGUGGAGGAAGUGAUAAUUGAUGACAGUGAUGACGACGACGUCUUGUUCUUGGAGGCCACCAAACCCACAAAUGUCAAGAAGAAGUCAGCACCCUCUGUGAACAGGUCUCCUGCCACAACCCAGAAAUCUCCUGCUGCAACCCAGAAAUCUCCUGCUUCGCAUCCUGUGACUGCAACUGCUGCAAUGUCUACAACAGCCCCGCCUGUCAAGACAUCUGGCACGUAUGGAUACGGGGUGAGUGUGGGAGAACCCAGCCCGACUGGUUCAUCCAAAAUGACACAGCUGAGAGCAGCUCUGGCUGCCACCCUUAACCAGCAAAUCACUGGCACAGUCUCCACAACAGCUACGUCCCCACACAAGGAGCAGCAGAGUGGAAAGCCUGAUGUGAAGAGCACCAGUGUGAUAAACUCACCCGCUCCCCCCAAGCCUUCGACCAGUGAACAGACGAAUGGAACAAAAUUUAAUAUCAGCCCUGCUGUAAGCAGCAGCACCACACACUAUGGCAGCAUACCACUAACGAUAGGAAUGAAGAUCCUAGGAAAGAAGUUUAAUGACAUCUGGUACAAGGGAACCCUUACAGAUAUACAGUGUAAAGAGAAGAGCAGAGAUGAGUGGCGCUACCGUGUGAAGUUUGAUGGGAAGGGUCUGAAGGUUGUGACCGGUCGGCACCUGGCCUACUGGCAAACUUCUGAUACACAAAUCCCUGUGGGAUCCCGCGUUGUUGCUAUGUACAGAGAUGAAGACAACUCUUCCACUAACUCCUUCUAUGCCGGAAUUGUGGCCGAGCCCCUGAGUGUCAGGAACAACCAUAGGUUGCUGGUGUUUUUUGAUGACGGCUAUGCUCAGUACUGUACCCCACAGGAGAUCCACAAAGUCUGUGAUCAAAGUAUAGAGGUGUGGAGAGAUAUUCAUCCGGACUCGCAGGAUUUUAUCCGAGAGUAUCUGAAGCAGUACCCAGAGAGGCCAAUGGUGCGGCUUCAGAAAGGGCAGAUUGUGAAAACAGAGUGGAAUGGAGAGUGGUGGACAGCUAGAGUGAUGGAUGUAGAUGCCAGCCUGGCCAAGAUGUUUUUUGAUGCAGACAAAAGAACAGAGUGGAUAUACAGAGGCUCCACGCGACUAGAACCCUUGUAUAGUGCCCUGUGCAAAGCUGCAAAAGCCAAUGAGCAAUCAGGGAAGGCUCGUCGCAACAACCCGUCAACAAUGAAGGGUGCAAAGAAGCCUGUGGUGGAGUACAUGCGGGGUGUGGAAGAGGAGAAGAAAACUGGGCUCAGUCCAUCAGUCGGCAGAAUAACAGGAAAUCCGGGUGUGGCAGGUGUAAUGGGUCCCACCUCAGACAGUCUGUCCUCCAACAACAGUAACAAGAAGAGGUCAGUCGCUAAGAAAAGUACAGGUGGUAAAUCACAGGGUGGUGAAGUUGCUGGCCAGAACUGGGAGGCACCUUGGCUGAAAAUCCAGCGGCCCAAGUCUACAGAGGGCACACAAAGAAAAGAGAAGUAUGGGAGUGGAAAGACAGAAAAGGACAUGGCGAGUGUGUUGCAGCAGAGGCUCGCCUCCUGCUGUGUGGACAAUGAUGGAGAUGAAGAUCUCAGCGGGGAGGGAAUGGACAUUACAAACAUCCCUGUGAGGGAGGCUAACAGGGUGAAGUUUGUGACUCACACAUGUUCCCGCAAGUGUAACGAGCUGAUAGAUGAUGAUCCAACUAGCCACAGAGGGAAGAACCCAUUGCUCAUCCCUAUGCACUGUGGCUGGGAAAGACAAAUCACAAAGACGCGACCAAUGUCCAAGCGGCUGGUUUUGUACAAGGCACCAUGUGGCCGGCGCUUGAGGAACAUUGACGAAGUGGACAAAUUUCUCUUAGAUACAGACUGUAAGCUGACCAUCGAUCUCUUCUGUUUUGACCCCAGUCUCCACACCAAUACUGAGAUCGUGCCGGUCAAGACAUUCUGUGAUAUCAAGGAUUUAUCGUAUGGGAAGGAGUUGGUGCCAAUCUCGUGUGUGAAUGGGAUAGAUCGCCAGUAUCCGGAUUAUGUGGAGUAUUCCAACCAAAGAAUGCCUUGUAAAGGAGUAAGCAUCAACCUGGAUCAGGACUUCCUUGUCUGCUGUGACUGUACAGACGGAUGUAGGGAUCGUUCAAAAUGUGCGUGUUGCCAGCAGACAGUGGAAAUGAGUGGUGUGACAACCGGAGGGCACUGUGACCCCUCAGCAGGAUAUCAAGACCGCAGACUCAAAGAACCUCUCCUUACAGGGAUCUAUGAGUGUAAUGCCCGUUGUAAGUGUGAUAACAGAUGUCACAAUCGUGUGGCUCAGAAUGGACUUGCCCUGCGGCUCCAGGUCUUCAAGACAGAAAAUAGGGGCUGGGGUCUACGGUGCCUCGAUGACAUCCCGUGUGGUGGAUUUCUGUGCAUCUACGCUGGUCAACUGCUAACUGAGCAGGGAGCAAAUGAGGAUGGGCAGACGUAUGGGGAUGAGUACUUGGCAGAGCUGGAUUACAUGGAGGUUGUAGAGAGCCACAAAGAGGGCUAUGAGAGUGAUGUACCUGAUCUACAGGAAAUCAACAAUGGUGGGGAAGAGGAUGAGGAGGAAGAAGAUGAUGAUGAUGGAGUCAAGUCACGCAGUUCUGACAGUGAUUUUGACGGUGGAAAGUUAGACAAUGUUCAGGAAGAUAUCCAAGAACUGAGAACUCUUCCUGCCAGGAACCGAGGCUCUAGACAAAAAGAUUCCAAAGAGAAAAAAACAGGAAAGCUAAGCAAACUUGUUUUGAGGCGUGACUCAGGGAGUCAGGAGAAGGAAUGGUCAAUCAAGGUACAAGAUACAUCAUCAAGAUCAAAGACUGCUGAUUGGCUAGAAGAUCCCAGUAAGGCAGGUACAGAGGAUUGCGAGGGAGACAAGCUUUGCAGCUUGGGCGCUAAUGGAUCAAAAGCCACAAACAUCUUCUCUGUACUCGAGAGGGGCGAGUCUAAGGAGGGAGGGGAUAGUGAUGAGCUUCCUGACUUGGAUGAGCCCCUGAGUGGGGGAGUGCCUGAUGCCCACAAGGAGUCUCGGGUGAAAAAUUUGCCAAACCCAAACAAAGGGUUUUUACGAGCUCAUCGUAGUAUGGGAGGUUCAGUACGCUUUGACCAUGGCCGGGAGCCCAAACUCAAUGACUCGGGUGGGAAAGACGAGACAAAAGGAACACGCUAUUACUUUCAAGACAGUCAGCAAUGCUACGUGAUGGACGCCAAAUCCAUGGGCAACAUAGGUCGCUAUCUGAAUCAUAGCUGCUCACCAAAUGUGUUUGUACAGAAUGUGUUUGUGGACACCCAUGACCUCAGGUUCCCCUGGGUAGCUUUCUUUGCUGCUAAGUACAUUAGGGCUGGCACAGAACUUACUUGGGAUUAUAACUACACUGUGGAAGUGUACCUGGCAAAAUACUGUAUUGUUACUGUGGCUCAGCAGACUGUAGAGGCCGACUGUUGUGAGGACUGACCAGGGACAACAAACCAUGGGAAGUGUACCUGGAAAAAUACUGUAUUGUUAUCAUGGCUCAGGAGACUGUAGAGGCCGACUGUUGUGAGGACUGACCAGGGCCAACACACCAGGAAAGUGUACCUGGAAAAAUACUUUUUUUAUUAUUGUGGCUCAGUAGACUGUAGAGGCCGACUGUUGUGAGGACUGACCAGGGACAACAAACCAUAGGAAGUGUACCAGGCAAAAUACUGUAUUGUUACCAUGGCUCAGCAGACUGUAGAGGCCGACUGUUGUGAGAACUGACCAGGGCCAACACACCAGGGAAGUGUACCAGGCAAAAUACUGUAUUGUUAUUGUGGCUCAGCAGACUGUAGAGGCCGACUGUUGUGACAACUAUCCCUCCAAGUGUUAGUCAUGUCAGGUGUUGUAAAAGCAAGUAUGUGUGUUGUGUCAGGUUUCACAAACCAAGUAUGCCUGCCAUGCCAGGUGCAAGAGCCAGUGCACAUAUGUGCAUUGCUGUGUUGGAAGACAACAGAACACAGAGUAUUGCUAUGUUGGAAGACAACAGAACAUAGAGCAUUGCUGUGUUGGAAGAUUACAGAACACUGAUCAUUGCUGUGUGGGAAAAUUACAGCACAUAGAGCAUUACUGUGUUGGAAGGCUACAACACACAGAUCACUGCUGUGUUGGAAGACUACAACACACAGAGCAUUGCUAUUUUGGAAGACUACAGCGCACAGAGCAUUGCUCUUUUGGAAGACAACAGAAUACAGAGCAUUGCUAUGUUAGAAGACUACAGAACAGAGCAUUGCUAUGUUGGAAGACAACUGAACAUAGAGCGUUGCUUUGUUGGAAGACUGCAGCACACAGAACAUUGCUGUGUUGAAAGGCUACAGAACACAGAAAAUUGUCGUUUUGGAAGACUACAGCACACAGCAUUGCUGUGGUGCAAGGCUACAGCACACAGAUCACUGCUGUGUUGGAAGGCUACAACACACAGAUCACUGCUGUGUUGGAAGACUACAACACACAGAGCAUUGCUAUUUUGGAAGACUACAGUGCACAGAGCAUUGCUCUUUUGGAAGACAACAGAAUACAGAGCAUUGCUAUGUUGGAAGACUACAGAACAGAGCAUUGCUGUGUUGGAAGACAACUGAACAUAGAGCAUUGCUUUGUUGGAAGACUGCAGCACACAGAACAUUGCUGUGUUGAAAGGCUACAGAACACAGAAAAUUGUUGUUUUGGAAGACUACAGCACACAGCAUUGCUGUGGUGCAAGGCUACAGCACACAGAUCACUGCUGUGUUGGAAGGCUACAGCACACAGAUCACUGCUGUGUUGGAAGGCUACAGCACACAGAGCUUUGCUGUGUUGGAAGGCUACAAUACUCAUAGCAUGGCUGUGUUGGAAGGACUACAGCACACAGAGCAUUGCUUUUUUGGAAGACUACAGCACACACAGCAUUGCUGUGUUGCAAGGCUACAGCACACAGAUACACUGCUGUGUUGCAAGGCUACAGCACACAGAUCACUUGCAGUGGUGGAAGGCUACAGCACACAUAGCAUUGCUGUGUUGGAAGACUACAGCACACAGAGCUUUGCUGUGUUGGAAGACUACCUCUCACAGGGCAUUGUUGUGUUGAAGGACUACAGCACACAUAGCAUAUAUGUAUAACAAUAAAUGCUAUACACAAUGGAAGUAUUUGGAAGACUACAGGCACACAUUGCAUUGCUGUGUUGGAAGACUACAGCACACAACAUUGUUGUGUUGCACGGCUACAGCACACAGAUCACUGCUGUGUUGGAAGACUACAGCACAGAUCACUGCUGUGUUGGAAGGCUACAGCACACAGAGCAUUACUGUGUUGGAAGACUACAGCACACAGCAUUGCUGUGUUGCAAGACUACCUCUCACAGGGCAUUGUUGUGUUGAAAGAAUACAACACACAUAGCAUUGCUGUGUUGGAACACUACAACACACAGAGCUUUGCUGUGUUGAAAUACUACAGCACACAGAGCAUUGCUGUUUUGGAAGACUACAGCACAAUCUGACUACAGUCAGAUCAGUACUUGACCUAAGCUUUUGCCCAUGACCAGAUUACCGAUUCGGUCUGAUUGUGACAGCUCCAUGUAUUUGUUUUUAUGUUUGUUUGGAGGUUAGGAUGAUCGUCUACUGGAAGAAUGAAAGUUUCAACGUCAAAUGUAAUAUUUUGUGAUUUUUUUUCUAAAAAUGCACUUUUUAGACCAUUUUGUAGUAACUACAGGUAGUUGCAAGGGCGUGUCAGAGAGGUCAGAUAAAAACAACGGGCAGGGGAAAUUCAGGAGGCAGAAGGGAAGGCUGGUGGCUUAAUUAUGACUUGUUUACAGAUCCUAUUGGGCUGGGGUAAUGAGUUCAGUAUACCAGCAAAUGUGCAGCAAGUUGUCAGGAGAAUCACAACCUGAGCUUUACAUGAAUAUACACAGUCAGUAUUGAUUGUAUGCAUAUCGAAUGGGACCAUUUAGAAAAUAAAUGUUGCUGUUGUAAUCAUUAGGAAAUAGUUGUGUAUCCUGUGACAAGUGUUUUGGCCUCCUCCAUCAUUUCCAUGUACGUGUAGAUGUUAUAUGUUGUGUGUUAGGUCAUCGACUCUAAUCCUUUGUUUCUCUUGCUGUUGUAUAUUUUCUCCAUAAAAAUUUCAAUACAAUACUUUAUUGCUAA